AUGGAAAUUGCCACACAUUGUAUCAAUAAUAACGUCGAUGGUCAUAUAUGGGUUGAACACAAUGUUGUGGAUACCGUAAGCAAGGUUUCUGUGCCAUCUGGUUGUAACCCUAUGCAAGAAAAUGAUGACAGCAGUAGCAGCAGUGAUGACAGUGAUAUUGAAGGAAAAUUGUUUGAUGAUAGUGAAGAAGAGAGGGCAGCAGUAGAAAAUGAAGGUUACGAGGAAGAACAAGCAGCCCCUGAAGUUGAUGCUGAUUAUGUUGAAGUGGAAUUAGAGAAAUCCACAGAAGGUAUAAGGCUUGUGGGGAAUGGCAAAUCAGUUGCUUACAAGAGAAGUGCUAGCAAGAAAAGCAAGAUGACUGAACAAUCACCCAAAGUCAAGGUAUCUGUUCCAUCUAAACUGUUUGGUUGUACCUCAAGCAAGAUCCCCACUAAUAUCCCAAGAGAUGAUGUUGAUUAUUGUAGUGAGGAGUUGGACAGUUCUGAUCCCGAUGAAAGUGGUGAUGAAAAGAAUCCAAAAUAUGAAAAGUUUAGAAGUGAGUUGAUGAAUAAAGACUUCAAAUUCAAGUUAGGAAUGGAAUUUAAUUCUUUGGUGGAGUUCAAAGAUGCUAUUAGGGAAUGGUCUGUUCUUAAUGGAAGAGAGAUAAGGUUUGUAAAAAAUGAAAACUAUAGGGUUAGGGUGGAGUGUAAGGGCAAAUGUGGUUUUUUGGCUUUGUGUAGUAAAGUUGGUGACAGACACACUUACCAACUAAAAACAUGGGUGGGGUCACAUAGUUGUGCUAGGGUUUUAAAUAACAAAUCAGCCAACUCAAAGUGGGUAUCAAAGCUAGUGGUGGAAAAAAGGAAGUCCAUGGGAAAGGUAAAAGUGUCUGAAAUAAUGUCUGAAAUGAGAAUGAAAUAUGCUGUGGGUAUCACUAAAGGCAAAGCAUGGAGAGCACAAUGCUUGGCUGAAGAAAUAGUUGAAGGAGAUGCAACUAGGCAAUACACUAUGUUAUGGAGGUAUGCAGCAGAGCUUAAAAAACAAUGUCCUGGGAAUACUAUCAAGAUUGAUGUGGAGAGGCCUCUGCCUACUAUUCAACCAAGAUUUGAUAAGUUUUACUUUUGCUUGGAUGGAUGCAAGAAGGGAUUCAUUAAUGGCUGUAGGCCGUUCAUUGGUGUGGAUGGAUGCCAUCUUAAAACAAAGUAUGGAGGUCAACUCUUAGUAGCUGUGGCUAGAGAUCCAAAUGACCAGUAUUAUCCAUUGGCUUUUGGAGUUGUAGAGACUGAAUCAAAAGAAAGCUGGAGGUGGUUCCUGCAAUUACUUAUGGAAGAUGUUGGUGUAGAGAGGAAAUAUGUGUUUAUAUCAGAUCAACAAAAGGGACUUGUAGCAGUGUUUGAAGAAAUGUUUGAGCAGAUUGAGCAUAGAAUUUGUCUUAGACAUCUCUAUGCAAAUUUUAAGAAAAAGUUUGGUGGUGGUGCAGCAAUUAGGGAUCUCUUAAUGGGAGCUGCUAAAGCAACAUAUUUUCAAGCUUGGGAGAAAAAGAUGAAUGAGUUGAAGGCCCUUGACAAGAAGGCAUGGGAAUGGCUUAUGGGUGUUCCAACCAGAUUGUGGUGUAAGCAUUCUUUCUCUUUUUAUCAAAGUGUGAUGUAUUGA